GUAUUCUACAAUUUGUCGUUUAGCAAUUUUCUCAAAUUUAUUUGCAAUUCGCCAAUAAGUGCAUUCAAUUGUGUUCGAUUAACAUCAAGUGCAAGUGUACCGUUCGCCGGCGCGUCCCGGUAGUGCGUGCAAAACUGAACGCACAUCUAGAAAACCAAAAUGGCUGCAAAGCGUCCGCACGGCCACUUGGUGUAUUAAGUGUGUACGCAAGUGUUUUGGACCAGAAAAGCAAGCAUGGAACAAUCAUUGGAGCUGCAUGCACAGCCGGAGGCAUUUCUGGAUGGCCUCAGUGCCGGCGUUGCAGUCACAAAUCAAAACCCAAAUGAGCAACACGUGAGUGAGGCCGCCACAGUUGUUGUUGAUGCGGCUCUUGGCUCACCGGCAGCGGGCAGUCCCAAUGCAACAACAGCAGCAACGGUUGUAGCAACAACAACCACAACAGCAGCAACAACAGCAGCAGCCACAGCUGUCAAUACCACGCCCACAAAGAGCCCACAACGCAGCGUUUACCACGAAGAUGUUUAUCUGGCUGGCGGCGAUAACGCUGAUAACGAGGCACAUCUGGAGGGAAACAGUUCGCCCGCUCAGCGUCAUUCCAUAAACUCCAACGAAUACACCUCAACGCCCAAAUUGGGACGCAUAGGACUUAAUGGUGCAGCAGCCGCCGCCGCAGCAGCAUCCGCCUCGGCGUCAGCCAAUGGCAGUGGCACCACAUCGCCCAUAAAUUAUCAAAUGCUUGGCGAAGAAUACAUUUACAGCAUAGAGUAUGAGUCACAUCAGCAACAGCUGCAGCAACUGUCGGUGACUAAUCAGGAACAGUCCGGCGUUGUCCAGGCCACGGCGACCAUUAGCUACAGCGCCAAUCGUCAAAGUUACGCAUCACCUCCUGCAGCAUUGCCGCCUUUGAUCAUACCGCAGCGGCAAUCGCUGUUGCCUUGGGGCGCACAUUCGCGUAGCUCUAUUAUUAACGUGCUGCCCAGUUACACGCAGGCGGAGAUGCAUGCCUUGGCGGCCAGUGUGGCCAGCGUGGAGCUGACGGCGCCGCGUCCCGGCGAAAUAGUUAUGCGCAAUUUGUUUAGCGAUUUUACAGCGCAGGCGGAAAAGAAAAUCGAGCUGGUGAUGCUGGAGAGCGCCGAUAAGAAUCUAUCGAAGCUGCUGCAACGCGGCGAGGAUCAGCAAUUUGAUCAGCUGCUCUCGGCGCUGGGCUCAGUUGCCGAGCAUUGUUUGCCCUCGCUGCUGCACACGCUGCUCGCGUGGCAUCGACGUCAGCUGUCCGACAUGGAGAUCAAGAAUGAUCUGAAGAAACCAGCGUCGGGCAGCAGUGUUCAGGCUGUGAACAAGACGACCGUGGAUCUGGACUUUCAGCUGCAGCGUCGCGAGGCGGCAGUUGAGUUUAUAUUUUGCCUGGCACUAAUUGAGAUACUCAAGCAGCUGCCGUUUCAUCCGGGCCAUGAGGAUCUGGUGCGCAGCAUCGAGAAUCUGGCCUUCAAGCACUUCAAGUACAAAGAUGGCCUGCAAAACAAUCCCAAUGCGCAUAAUAUACACAUGAUUGCGGAUCUCUAUGCGGAGGUCAUUGGCGUGCUGGCCCAAAGUCGAUUUGCAUCGGUGCGCAAGCGUUUCAUGUUCGAGCUGAAGGAGCUGCGCGGCAAGGAGGCAUCGCCCACCACGACGCAGAGCAUCAUUAGCCUAUUGAUGGGCAUGAAGUUCUUUCGCGUCAAAAUGGUGCCCAUUGAGGAAUUCGAGGCCUCGUUUCAGUUUAUGCACGAAUGUGGCCAGUACUUUUUGGAGGUGAAGGAUAAGGACAUUAAGCAUGCCCUAGCCGGACUCUUUGUAGAGAUUCUAGUGCCCGUUGCGGCUGCCGUCAAGAAUGAGGUGAAUGUGCCGUGUGUAAAGAACUUUGUGGAGCUGUUGUAUGUGCAGACGCUGGACGCAUCGACCAAGUCAAAGCAUCGCCUGGCGCUAUUUCCGCUGGUCACAUGCCUGCUCUGCGUCUCGCAAAAGACUUUCUUUCUGACCAACUGGCAUUACUUUCUGGCCAUGUGCUUGAGCAAUCUGAAGAAUCGCGAUUUCAAUAUGAGUCGCGUCGCCUUGGAGUCGCUCUAUCGCCUUCUGUGGGUCUACAUGAUUAGGAUCAAGUGCGAGUCCAAUUCGGCGACGCAUUCGCGACUGCAGAGCAUUGUCAAUUCGCUGUUUCCCAAAGGUUCCAAGGGUGUCGUGCCGCGCGACACUCCGCUGAAUAUCUUUGUAAAGAUCAUUCAGUUUAUUGCUCAGGAACGUUUGGACUUUGCCAUGCGCGAGAUCGUCUACGAUUUGUUGUGUGUGGGUCGCUCCAUCAAGGUCAUACUCAAUCCGGAGCGCAUGAGCAUCGGCUUGCGUGCAUUUCUAGUAGUUGCCGACUCAUUACAGCAAAAGGACGGCGAGCCGCCAAUGCCGCGCACCGUGCCGGUGCUGCCCUCAGGGAAUACGCUGCGCGUGAAAAAGACGUACAUCAAUAAGAUGCUUACAGACGAUACGGCACGUAGCAUUGGCAUGUUCACAUACUUUCCUCACGUGCGUCGUGUUUUUGUGGACAUCUUACGUGCAUUGGAUGUGCAUUGCGGCCGGCCGUUAAUGAUGACAAAUACACAGAACCAGAACAAGGAGCCGGACGAGAGACUGUCCGCUGAGCGCAAGCCGCGCAUUGAUCUCUUUCGGACGUGUGUGGCUGCAGUGCCUCGUUUAAUACCCGAUACGAUGACCGCCCAGGAGCUGGUCGAUUUGCUGUCCCGCCUGACCGUGCAUAUGGAUGAGGAGCUGCGCAUAUUGACGCAUCAAUCGCUGCAGACGCUGGUCAUAGACUUUCCGGAUUGGCGUCAGGAUGUCGUGCACGGUUACACACAGUUUCUGGUGCGCGAUGUCACCGACACCUAUCCGCAAUUGUUGGAGAACUGCACGCGCAUCUUGUUUGUCUUUCUAAACAUUUGGCGCUGCGCGAUUAAUGUUAACGGCGCUGCAGCCGGCACCGGCAACAACAGCAGCGGCAGCUGCGUACCCAAUGCGGUCAUCACUGGCGGUGGCAUUAAUCCGGCACAGCAAAAAGUUGGCGGUGCGGGAGCUACCAUCGGCACAGCUGUUGUACAGGCCAUGCCGGUGGCGGCAGUGGCCAUACCGCCCGUCAUUGGCAAGGAGACGACCAGCAGCCAGCUGUCGAAGCAACAGCAUCUGAACACGGCCAGCAGCGCUGCGUCCAGCAUAACCACCUCCAGCGGCAUGUCCAGCAUCACGCAGCACACGGUGCUUAACAUGGUGUCCAACGAUGUGAGCAAGAAGAAUGAGAUACCAUUGAUCACGACGCUGCACUUUGUUGAAGGCUUUGCCCUGGUGCUGCUCUGCAAUUAUCGUCCCUAUUUGCGCAAGCUGGCGGCCAUGAUACUCAAGGAGGUCAAGAAUCUAACGCGCGCCCUGGGCAUACCCGAAACGGAGCCCCCGCUCAUUGAUGUUAUGGAUCGCUGUUGUCCGCAGAUUGUGGAGAAGUGUUUGCCACUGCUGCCACAGGCGGAGAAGACGGCCAUACUGAAUGCCAACUGCAUUGAUCUGCAGUGGAUAGCGGAGCGCAGCAGCGGCGUUUGGCUGGCAGGACACACAGAUGAUAACUCCAAGUCCUCCACUUCGACGCUGAAUCUGUCGCAGUCUAGCUCCACAGCUGCUGCGGCGGCCGCGACUGCCAGCUGCCCGCAGCCGCCUUUUGAUCCCUGGGCCAGCUGUUUGUUUGGCCUGUUGGAGCGCCAGCGCGUGCUACAGCAAUGCCCCUCAGCGGUGGCACAGGCUUGGCCCAUUUGCUACGCACGCCUCAACGCGCUCUAUAGCGUCAUAGAUCCCACUCCCGUCAGCGAUAAUCGCGCCUCGCUGCUGCGCGGCUCUGCUCCGACUAAGAAAAUGCCCACCGAGAGCCAAAAGGAUUCGUAUAUGCGUCUCUGGCGCAACCAGGUGGCAUGUGCCAUGCGCCUGGUGCCCCAAAUACCCAGCGUUGCUGUGCGCUGUGCCUCGCCCGAUUUGAGUUUGAGUUUACAAGAUCAAUCGGACUCACGUUCGCUAUCCGAUUCCUUGGACAAUAUACCGUCAAAUGUCUUUGGGCCCGAGGGAAUUGUGACACGUUUCACGCUGCCGCUCUCCUACGGACGCAAAGAGGCGCGCCAGAAACGACUUGGCUCAUCGCCAGAUUCCCUAAACGCGGAUCGCAGUGACAAAUCAGCAAUGGGCAGCGCCUCGCCCCAGGCACUAUACAAGCUGGUGGUGCCUCUCCUGCGCUGUGAGGCCAUCGAUGUGAGGGAUGCGGCUGUCAAUGCUCUGGGCAUGAUAAAUCACGAUGCGCUCAAGGAUCUCAUGGAGGAGCUGGUGGUCUACAUACGCGAAGCUGUUGAUCGCAAACAGGAGAAUAUGCGACGUCGUCGUCGCCGCGAUGCACUGCGUCUGCAGGUGGUGCGUGUGCUGGAAAAAAUAGCCGAGAAUGGCACAUUCGGGGUUAGCACUUGCGUGCUGGAGCGCGAUACCAUGUCGCUGCAUCCCACCUUUGUGGAGUAUAUAGAGGGUGCCAUGGCAUAUCUUAUGGCCGAAACGGACAAGGAUAAUCUCAGCAUACGCGAGGUCAAGGCGCACUUUUGCAAUUUCAUACGCAAAAUGAUUAAAAACUUUUCACUGGAAUCGUGCGCCACUUUGCUGUCGCGUGACUUGAAGCGUAAUUUAUUCAAUUUAUUUGCCACCUGGUGCGGCAGCUUCUCCAAGCCGCUAAGCAUUAGCUCACAGAUUGGCCAAACUCUCGAGGAGGAGAAGCUGCAAUUUAGCGCUUUACAGGCCAUGUCCGCUUUGCUCUGCUGCGGUCACAUCUUUUAUACGCCCCAUCUGCAGGACGAUGGCAUCAUAUACAAAUGGCUGGAUCUGCUGCUCACCUCCAAGGAUGAGAAGAUUUAUCAAUUGGCCCGCGAUACGGUUGUGCUGCUGCUAGAAUCAAAUCCGGAUAUGGGCCAGUUGCUCGAAUGGGUAAUCGAUCGUUGUUAUACCUCAACGCCACGUGAGGCAGAUGCUUGUUUUCUGGCUUUGGCCUCUAUCUUCAGUGCCAAGGAGUAUCCGUGCGACCAUUAUACAUCUGUUAUAACCGUGACGCUGCUGAUGACUGGCUGCCCCCGGGUGGAGGUGCAUGCAACCGCGCUGCAGCUGUUGCAAAUACUGGACAAGCGUUUCUUUGGCAGCGUCGUUGGCACCCUGCACAGCGACAACGAGAAAGAGGAUGACAAAGUGGGCACUCUGGACGAGCUGCUGAGCACCGCCUAUUGUCGUUCGCAGCGUUUCCUUUCAAAGCAAUUGGCACACUUGCGUCCCGAGCUUACCAUGCCCAUAUUUUCAGAGAUAACGCAUCGUUUUCAGAGCGCACGUGACGAUGUGCGCGCCUUGUUGCUGCAGUGUCUGUUGCCCUGGUUGCAGAACAUGGAACUGGUAGCCACCAGCGUGCCACCCGCCACGCCGCUAUCCUAUAUUAUGUACUUUCCGGAUUCUGGCACGCGUGGACGCCGUGAGGGCACCGGUUCAACUGAGGCCACCGAAAUGAUACUGAAUAAUCUAUUUUAUAUAACAGCCAAGUUUUCCGAUGCACAUCCGCGCGAUAUUGAGGAGCUGUGGGGCACAUUGUGCCAGUUCUGGCCGAACAAUCUGAAGGUCAUACUACGCUAUUUGGUCAUCAUGAGCGGCAUGGCCCCCACCGAGUUGUUGCCCUACGCUAAACGCGUGGCCCUCUAUUUGGCGCGCAGCUGUCCGGAUCGCUUGCUCGAUGAGCUAAUGGCCGAGCUGCAGACGGUGGAGACACUUAACUGCCUCAUCGAACGCACUGAAACGCCUCCCUUCUAUAGGCUGACCAGCAUGCGAAAGGCUUCGAGUCACAGCGCCGAUGGACAAGCUGUAGGCGGCAUUAAUGAUUCGCGCACUCAGGAUUUGACCGUGGAGAAGGGCACCAUACACACGAAGCGACACAGCGGCGAGGAUCCCAUUAAAAUAGGCACCUGCAAGUCGGACAGCGGCAUCCGCGCCUAUACUCAGGCAGCUGCCGCCGCAGCCGCGGCUGCUGUGACGCCCAUUACGGGUGUCAGUCGCCCGCCUCGCGGCGCUGAUAAAAUUCGCGCUGCCUCGGGCCCCUCCAUACUGCCCCGGCCCGAGGAUAUACUUAUCAACGAUCCCGAGCUGCGGCAGGAGGAGAAUGUGGAGUUGCGUAACACAGCGGAAGCACCGCCAAAUGCGCAUCCGCAUCCAUUACCCAUGCCCGAAUACGGUGGUUACUUUGCACCGCUUACAGAAUUUCUGCCGGAUGUCAGUUUACCCAUCAGCGGCUUUCAUCGCUGCAACGUGGCGGUCAUGCUGCUGACGGACAUUGUGGUGGAUGGCAUUCCCGGCAUUGAUUGGACGCUUCAUUUGCCACUGAUGCUGCACAUUUUGUUCCUGGGACUGGAUCACACGCGCAUCAUUGUGCGGGAGCAUUGCAAGCAGCUGUGCGUCAAUUUGUUGAUUGUCCUGGCCGAGCACAAUGAUCAUCUGACGGUGGCGCGCAUUCUGCUCAACAGCGAGACAAGUAAACUAGACUUGGGACUGACGGUGCCGGCUCUGCCGGUGAUUGACAAUAACUUUACGGAGCUGCAUCAGACAUUUGAUAGCUAUCUGCUGCAUGUUAGCCCUCAGGCGGCUGCCUAUGCGCUGCAGCACAAUCUCUCCAGCUCGACAAUCAUUGCACCGCACUCGACCAACCAGCAGACGCUGCCACAGAAUCUGCAGCAGCCGCCACCUGGGCUGGGAGUGGGCAAUGCCACACCAGCGGCACUAGCCUCGACGCCCGCGGCGCUGCAGAUCAAUCCGAAUAAUACGGAGAACUCGGAGGUGCCGUUAAUCCAUGCAGAUGAGCAUGCCCCACCACAGCCGGGCCCCAGCAUGCCCAUUGCGCAUGUGAUCAAGAGUUUGCUCAAGUUCCUCGCCCACGAUACCUGCCAGCCCCUCUGGAACUAUGAGGACAUCACGGCGAAGGUGUGGGCCGUAAAAUCCGCGGAGCAGCUGAGCUGCUUCCUGAAGCACAUGGUCAAGGUGUUUGCCGAUAGCUAUCCACAGGCGCGCAUUGCCGAGCGCUGGGCGCAAACGGCCUUGCAGCUGGGUCUGUCCUGCUCCUCGCGCCAUUAUGCCGGACGCUGUCUGCAAAUCUUUCGCGCUCUCAAUGUGCCCAUCAACUCGCGCAUGCUGUCAGACAUACUGUCCCGUCUGGUGGAGACAGUGGCUGAGCAGGGCGAGGACAUGCAGGGCUAUGUAACGGAGUUGCUGCUCACGCUGGAGGCUGCCGUGGACAGCUUGGACUCGGACUUCAGACCGCUGGAUGUGAUGAAAGAUAUAUUCAAGAGCACGCCCAAUUUGAACAACAAGGACGGCGGUCCCAACUCCAUUCUGCCCGGCAAGAAGUCGCCCUCGGGCAUGACACCGCAAUCCUCCAACUACUCAAUACCCAGCCAUGGACGCAGCACCAGCUACUCGGUAUCUUAUUGCGGACGCAAGGCGAACAACUCGCCCUGCGACAAGCAGGCGGAGCUGCGGAAUCGUGCCUCUGGCAUUGAGCUGGAACGAAGUGUUGUCAGCAAAUUUGGCGUGGGCGGAGUGGGCGUAGGCGCCGGUUCCGCCUUGUCGCGCUCACGCAGCGCACAGAGCCUAAAAAUGCUGGGCGAUACGGCCACGCAGGAUGACAAGAUGACCAUAUUGGCGCAGCUGUUUUGGCUGUCAGUUUCGCUGCUCGAAUCGGACUAUGAGCACGAGUUCAUGCUGGCCCUGCGCCUGUUAACCCGAGUGCUCCAUCGACUGCCGCUGGAUCGUCCCGAUGCGCGCGACAAAGUUGAGAAGUUGCAGCAGCAGCUCAAAUGGACCGCCUACCCAGGCGUCCAUGCGCUGCUAUUGAAGGGCUGCACCCACAGUGCCACCUAUGAGCCCACAAUCAUGCUGCUGGCCCAGUUCGCGCCGCUGCUCAGCCUGCCUGUAUGUGAUCCCACACAGAGCUGUGCUUUUCCCAUGAACGUGAUCGCCCUGCUGCCGUACAUGCUGCUCCAUUACGAGGAUGCCAAUGAGAUUUGUAUACGCAGCGCUGAGAAUAUCGCACAUGUUUCCACGGAACUGGGCGCCAAACUGGAGAAUCUGGGCACUGUGAUGACAUUGUACAGUCGCAAAACGUUCUGCAAGGAAUCGUUCCAGUGGACCAAGUGCGUGGUCAAGUAUUUGCAUGACACAUACGCUCACAUGGGCCUCCAUAUGUUGGCCUUCCUCAUCGAGGUGCUGGAGAAGGGGCCGCAACAGGUGCAGGUUCCGGUGCUGAAUGUUAUUCAUUGCAUGCUGCACUACGUGGAUCUAUCGGCGCCUCAGGCGCAGACCAUCAAUGCGGAUUUGUUGCGUGCCAUUGGCAAAUAUUUGGAUACGGUCAAUUGGAAGGACUCUCUGAAGAUACUUAAACUGAUUGUGACACGCAGCUCCUCGCUGCAGGUGGUCCCGCCCAGCGAUGGCAGCAGCGCCGGCUUAUCGUUCUCCUUCUAUGGCGCAUAUCCGGACUCGGAUAUGUUCUGUAAAAAGGAACUGGCCGGCCGCACCAUGGAAUUCACAUUCGAUGUGUCCCAAACGCCGCUUAUCGGGCGUCGCAUUCUGCUCAAAACCGAGGAUCCAGGCUCUGGCGGUGCUGCAUCGGCCACGGGCAGCUCAUCGCUAAACUCCACAUUGACCAACGCCACCACCGUGACGGUUGCGCCUGCUCAGCAGGUCAGCGCCCAGCUGCAGCAGCAUCGCGCCCACAGCAAUGUGGCUGCCAUUGCCGCCUCGGCCGUUGCUGCCCAGCAGCAGCAGCAACAGCAGCAUGGCAUUGGCCUUGGCAGCGUUGUGGGCACGCCCAAUUCGCCGCGGCGCAGUGCUAGUCUGUCGCCGGCGGAUACCGUGCCGCUCAGCGGCUGGAAGCGUCCCUGGAUGUCGCAGUGCCGUGUGCGCGAGUGUCUGGUGAAUCUAUUGACCACCUGUGGACAGCGCGUCGGUCUGCCCAAGUCGCCAUCGGAUGAUUUUAUAAACUCUAUUUGCUCAAAGUCUUUGAGCACAUCGCUACUAACGGGAUCGAUUGCGACCAGACAAAGCGUCAUCUUUAGCCAAUCUUCGGAUCUGAUGGAACGGCAAUCAUCGGCCGCCUCGUCCACCGAGGAAACAUCGGGUCCGCAGGGCGAUCUAAGCAGCGGUUCGCGUCGUGACGAUGGCCAGCCCGAUUUUACUGUCUUCAAGGACUUUGAUUUUCUGGAGUACGAGGACAGCAUCGCCGGCGAGUCCACGGACAACUUUAAUUGGGGUGUACGUCGCCAUCAGCUCUUCGAAGGCGACGAGGACCGUUUGAACCUCGGUAGCGGAAUGGGUGGAUCCAUCAAGGGCGGCCAUUCCUCUGCACUGGAGGACAGCUUCAGCGAUAAGACACCAAUUCUGAGCAAGCGUAAGCGACAGACCGCAGACGAUUCAUCCGAUGAGGAAGCCGAGUCGGAGUCACCGCUGGACGACGAUCACCGUCAAUCCUUCUUGAAGUCCAUCUUUAGCGGCGCACCGCCUUCUUCCCUGAGCCUGCGAGAGCGACGUCGCCGCAAUUCCGUGUCCCGCAGUGAUACCAGCGGUUCAAGUGCUGGGGAUUUGGGUGAUAUCACGCCAUGCAAUGCCUCGCCACACAUGCAGGGCAUCAUUCGCUUUGGCGCCGUCGUUCGCGACGAGGCGGAGGAGAAUUGGCGACGCCAGCUGCAAUCCAUGCUGGUUAAUCAACCCUCAGCGCACACCUCCGAGCUGCUGCAGCAGUUAUACAGGCUGAUCAAAGAGUUGACCUUCAAGACAAUUACCAUUUCGAAGGAGGCCAAGAAAUUCUUCACCGGCAUCGGCUCCCAGCUGGGCAAUCGCAUCUCACUCUUUACGGAUUUGCUGAGCUCGCGUGCCGAUCCGCCGCGUGUGUGGUGCAGCGAGAUGCAGACUACCACGCCAAAGCUGUUUGAAACUCUGAGAUUCAAUGUGCUGGAGGUGCAGGAGCAUCUGGAGACGUUCUUCGAUCGCAAGGAUCAAGUACUGGAGUGCCUGGACGCAGUGAAAACAUCCUGCAAACUGUCUCUCUUCAAUGAAGCAGAUGUGGCUGCCUCGGGCUUGGAGCUGCCGAGCAGUUCCAGCAUUCCUUGCAUGCCCUUUGAUCCAGCCUCAACGGAGGUUGUGCUGGACUUGGGACGUUCCUUGUAUAAGCUUAUGUUUCAGCUACUUUUGCUGAUUGAAUCGAAUCAUAAAAUAUCCUCGAAUGUGGUUAAUCAUUUUCGCAUCAAUGAAGACAUGCAUGACAUAUCCGAUCUCUAUGCCCUGGUACGAGAUGCUUUGGUGCGUUGCACCAGCGAAGCUGAGCUGGAUUGCCUGGAAUCAUCCACCUCAACGGAGGGUGAGCAUACGCCAACGCCCUCGCCCGGCUUACCCAUGACGCAUGAGGAGUUCGAGGCGUCGCUGCACGAGCACAUCGACCGGCAGUGUUGGACUAGCGCCAUUUCCCAUGUGCGACAGUAUCGACGCGUGUCGACGCUUAGUGCUGGUGAUCAGAGUCUGACCAUCCUUACCUAUGGAAAUUUGGACAGUCGCAUCAAGUUCGAUGAGAUGUCGAUAAUAUUGAAUGCCUAUGCCCAUAGCCUUAUGAAGGAUCGGACAGCAGAAGCCUUUAUUGUAUCCAAAUCGGACUCGGAGCUGUUUGAGGUAUAUGCGAUACUCUCAGAGAACUUGUAUCACGUUUCUAGCGCCCUGACCAAUAUGGAAAUCAAUAUGAAAAGCUACUCCAUGGGGGCCGGUUCAAGUAAUUUGCAUCGCAGCGAGCAGGACAUUGUGACAAAUCUUUAAAUAUAGAGGAAACCCUACAUAUGGUUAAGAUUAGUGCAGGAUUAAGCUCAUUUUGAUAUGUAAUCAAAUUAGUUUUUAGUAUUUAAGCAGCAUUAUAGGCCACUAUCAUUCAGUUGAGAGUUGAACAAGCAUUAUUGUGUAUGAACAAAUGUGUUUUUAAGUACGAUAUAAUUAUAUAACAUAUACAUACAAAUUUAACAA